AUGGCGGCCACUAAGAUGGCUGGAAAGGCCCCUGGUAGUGGGGGUAUAGUAAGAGUAGGUUACUAUGAAAUGGAACGGACGAUUGGAAAAGGAAAUUUCGCAGUUGUCAAAUUGGCAACUCAUAUUGCCACAAAAACCAAGGUGGCAAUCAAAAUCAUAGACAAGACACAACUGGACGAGGACAACCUUAACAAAAUUUACAGAGAAAUUGAAAUUAUGAAACUUCUGAAACAUCCCAACAUCAUACGUCUUUACCAGGUGAUGCAGACAGAGCGUAUGUUAUACCUUGUCACCGAGUACGCUAGUGGAGGGGAAAUAUUUGAUCACCUAGUCGCACAUGGUCGAAUGAAUGAGAAGGAGGCGAGACGAAAAUUUAAACAAAUUGUGGCUGCAGUGUCUUACUGUCAUAGUCGCUGUGUUGUACAUCGAGAUCUGAAGGCUGAAAAUCUUCUACUUGAUGCCAACCUUAAUAUCAAAAUAGCAGACUUUGGGUUCAGUAAUUACUUCAAACCCGGGUCAUGUUUAAAAACCUGGUGCGGAAGUCCUCCAUAUGCGGCUCCAGAACUAUUUGAAGGCAAAGAAUAUGAUGCUCCGAAAGUUGAUAUAUGGAGUCUUGGAGUGGUGCUAUAUGUUUUAGUGUGUGGGGCGCUGCCUUUUGAUGGCAACACGUUACAGAGUUUACGCGGACGGGUGCUAAGGGGAAAAUUUGGAGUUCCGUUUUAUAUGACAACAGAAUGUGAAAAUUUAAUAAAACUGAUGCUUACAGUAGACGCCAAUAAACGUAUCACGAUGAAACAGAUAAUACAACACCGGUGGAUGAAGGGUGGAGAGGAUGAUCCAGAUUUUGAGGAAUUAAUAAAUGAGUACAACCGACCAACAGAUGUCGAUCCCGACCUGGAGAACUUAAACGAACAGAUCAUGUCUCAUAUGGAGUACCUAGAAAUAGAUAUCGACCGAGUGGUUAGGUCGGUAAAGGAACAAUGCUACGAUUUCCAUAGUGCCAUAUAUCACCUGCUGUUAGAUAAACUAAAGAAACAUCCAAAGACAAUGAUGAGCAAACUACCGACCUUAGGUCCUCCAAAUCUGCCCCUGGCCGUACGGACAGAACGCAGAUCUAGUAUUACUACUGGUGUUGUGGAAAGAGUAGAAAUACCAGUAGAAGUAGAGGUAUCCAAGGAAACGGAGCCGAAGAUUCCUGCUGCCACGAAAACCAUGGGUGCUAUACCACAAGUACAGUUUUUUAAUGAAAAUAACCAAUUAACAGAGCCUGACGAAGGCAGUCAGCAUUCAGAUUCAGACAGUGAGGAACCAUGCCCUGAAGCCUUAGCUCGUUACCUAGCAAUGCGACGGCAUACGGUAGGCGUUGGGGACAGUCGUCACGAGGUGCCAGAAGACGUGCGCGUCAAACUUGCCAACAAUCAGCCAAUCAUUGCCCUCCCUCAGCCAAACUAUCUUCUGCCUCUGAGUCUCUUGCCUCAUAUGAAUCUCCCCCACACAUUGCCCCAGGUACAGAACACAGAGGUCCCUAGCUAUCCAAGCGGUGAACAGCAUUUACUACAGCCACCCAUAUUAUGGGGCCCAGAUGUUGGUGGUUGUCUUGGUAACAUGAGCAGACGGGCAUCUGAUGGUGGGGCCAACAUCCAGUUGUUUGCACGUCAAAUGUAUGGAGGCAGUCUACCAGGCAGUCCAGGAAGUCAGGAGUGUCUAGCUGGGUCGCCCUUGUCCCCAGUGGGAAUGCCUUUGACGUCCAUUCAGGGUUCGGUGACGGUGGAGGAGAAUGAAGAUGGCGGAUCAGAUCAGGAGCCCGAUACCGAGGCAGUACAGAGGUAUCUGGCCAGUAGGGGGCGCAACAAGCGACACACAUUGGCCAUGUCUAACCCAAUGCACGAGAUUCCCGAGGAGUUGCAGCGUAAAUUGUCACUUCAGCCAAUCAGACCUGUGCGGAGAAACCACUUCGCUGGAGGAGGGUCAUUAACGCCUAACUCCUUCCGUGAUGUGAACUCACUACACCUACCUAACGAGAGAUUUUCUCCUGUCCGCCGAGCCAGUGAUGGCCUUCCCAACCUACACAAACAUCAAUCUCACCUGGAGAAACUGUAUAAUCAGAAUCUAAAUACUCGUCACAGUCACUCAAGUCUGAAACAGCUUCAUCACGAGUGUCAGGAACUACAGAAACAAGUGUCUACAAGAGACCCUGGCAGUGAGGCAGAGCUACAACAACAACAUGCCCUCCACAGACUACAUAACACACUACAGCCUACUACUACAAUACAGCAUUCACCUGUACCCUCGCCACCACUAGCUCCAGCCUCUCCAAGCUUUGCACGGCACACUGCAACAACUACAGAUUCUCAGAGUGCAACUCUGUACCAACACCUUCAGCGCCUCCAUCUACACCAGCAGAUCCAGAACUCACAGCAGCCAUAUCAAAGAGGGUCUCCACCCACUUGCCUUCCAAUGCAACGCACUGAUUCACCUCCUCAGAAUUUCUCCCAGUUGUAUCAGAAUUUCAGUCAGCCGCACCAGCGGAACAGUCCACCACCCAACAUCACUAACUUUCAGAACCUUCAGAUGAUUAAAGAAGACUCACAAGACCUCCCUGAUCAGAGUCCCAGUGAGGACGGUGAGGUCAACAUGCAGGUUGGAGAGGGUGAGUUCGCCUCCCAGGAAAAGAAACACAGACAGUUUUCAGGAAAGCCACAGAUCAGUAUUACUGACACCACUGGUCAUGUGACAGAUGUAACUUCAGAGGGCGAGAAUGAGAUGUCUCCAUCGACAACAGAUGUCGAUGCCCUCUCUGCAAAGUCAGGAACAUAUCACAACUUUCAGGACUCAUCAAGUUCACAAAGUUCUCCUCAGCCAUCUCCAACACGUUCUCAUCGCCCUCUCACCCAUUCUCAUUCCUCUCCAGCCUCACCUAAUCAUCAGUCGCAUCCCCCUACUAACUUCACCUCUCACCCUGCCACUUAUAAUUCGCUCAUCUUCGGAAAUUACAUCACAAAUCUGGCUGCUAUUCCUUCCAUUGUGACGGACCUCGGUAACCUCAAAGGCUACUCCACGCCUGAUCCUAGCCAUGCCAACAUUCCCUACACAUGUGGAUGGGCUAGUCCACAGCUGUCCUCACAAAAUAGGUCACAACGACCUAGUUCUGGGCGAAUGGCUGGUAGUCGACAGUCACCAGGGGUAGGAAGGAGUGUUCUGGAUUCAGUGAAUUUCCAGAAUGUAGGUGUACAAAAUUCAAGUGCAAGUGUUCCGAUUGAAGCCCAUAGCAAUAGAGUUGUUUACAAUGGUGAUCAAAAUCUUAUCCAAGACGUUGAUAUGUCGUCUGUGAAACAGGACGAACAAAAUGUGUACAAUAGUAUAGGACAUGGUAACUUAUUAGAGUCUCCAGGAUUGAACAAGGUUCAAGGCUCGAACAUCAAUCUCACCUCCACACGAGCUGUUGGGGACAUAUUACAGGAACUGAAGAGAAUUCUGGGAGAUCGUGGAAAGGAGAUAGUGUAUCAGUGUUCGGAUCAUUUAUUCCGCUUAGAGAACUCUGACGUUCAGAUGGAGCUUGAAGUGUGUCAAGGAGUUAGCUAUAACGGCCUACAGGUACGGCGGAUCUCCGGUGAUAAGGGACACUAUCGGGCGCUGUGUCAGGAACUAUUGUCUGGCAUCAAUCUAUGAUGGCUGCCUGAAUAUCGUGUUUUAAAAAAUGUUUUAAGUGAUGGUGUGCACAGUGUCGAUAUUUUUGUCCUUCCAAUGUGAGGAGAGAAGAAAAAACUUCAGGUGUGAAAAGAUAAAAUACCAAUUGUUUGAGCUUGUAAGAUUCCUUGGUGAGAUUUUAACACUCAAAACAUUUUGUUGUGUCAUCACUCAAAAUUUUCAAUUCUCAACAAUAUUGUAUUUGUGCCCUUGGUAUUUCUAAAAUAUUUGUAAAUCUAAUUCCUGUAAAUGUUUGUAUUCUGACACUGUGCACCAAACGCUGUAAACAUCUGGUUGUGUUAGAUCUUACCUGUGGUUCAUUGUCAUGUCAUAUCAAAAUGUUGAAGUUCUCAGAUUUUAUAAAUGGUUCAUUCACAAUUUGAUGACAUGGCGUACAUGUGCAUUUAAAGGAAGGGACUGUAUCAAAGGUCACUUUUGUUAAAACUGAUAUAUAUAAAUAUGCUUUUGGUACAGUUCCUUUACGGGAAUAUAAAACAUUUUUGGUCUGUGAUAAUAAAAAAAUGCUUUUGGCUUUUUGGUCAGACCCUCACAUCCUUGUAAACUGUUGCAAACUGAUCUUAAGGGAAGACGAUUGAGUUGCUGGAGUAAAUGCCUGGAUCGAUACAAGGGUGUCAGGGUCUGUGAGGCUCUUUUAUGCUAAGAAAAGGUGCGUUUCCUGUAAACUCUGUACAUAAUGCAUGGUUAAAAAACAGGUUUUUAUAAUCACGAUUAUCACUUUUUUUUUUUUUUUUGUUAAAUAUUAAUGUUUUUAUUUAAUUAUUCAUUGUCUGAAGUCAGAUGUUGGUUGUAUAGUGAAAUUAGUGAGGUAAAUUUUAAUGUAUUGGUAGACACAAUACAAACAUCUUUACAGGGCAUCUAUUACACACUGUAACCCCACUUUCAAUAAUGGGUGUAUAUUUUACAACUAAGGGCCGUCUGUCCGUCCGUCCAUCCAUCCAUUAAUGUAUAGGUUCCUUUCUGGGAAGUGGAAAUGGGUGUGUCGCAUACCAAAAAUAGGUCACUCCCCCAAGUGUUUUAACCUUUGACCUUUAGCAAACUCUGAUAAGAUUAAUGAAAAUAUUUAUGAAAUAUGGGGUCACUUACUCUGAUGGCUGAAUUAAAAUCACCUUCACAAGAAUGUUAGGUACAUUUUUCCUUGUUUUUUCAAAC